AUGUUGUCCAAGCUGUCUCUCCGACUGGCCAGGCCGGCCGGCAGCGUGGCGGCUAUGUCUGCUGCUCCCCGGAUGUCGAUGCUGCGGAUGUCGGCGGUGCAGAUGGGCACGCGGACAGGCACGACAUCACAGACGCGGCUGAGCAGCAGUGCAGCGUCGAUGGAUGGCAGCAAGGGCCGAAAGAUGCCCUCGAGCCGCAAGCGGUCGUUCACGCCGGCCAAGAAGGCGGAAGCGACGUUUACGAUCCGAGACGGUCCCAUCUUCCACGGAACGGCAUUCGGGGCCAACUCGAACGUGUCGGGCGAGGCAGUGUUCACGACGUCGCUGGUGGGCUACCCCGAGUCGAUGACGGACCCGUCGUACCGCGGCCAGAUCCUCGUGUUCACGCAGCCGCUGAUCGGCAACUACGGCGUGCCGUCGAACAAACGGGACGAGUACAACCUGCUCAAGUACUUUGAGUCGCCGCACAUCCAGUGUGCCGGCGUGGUGGUGGCCGAUGUGGCCGAGCAGUACAGCCACUGGACGGCGGUCGAGAGCCUGGGCGACUGGUGUGCGCGUGAGGGCAUCCCGGCCAUCUCGGGCGUGGACACGCGGGCGAUCGUGACGCAUCUGCGCGAGCAGGGCUCUUCGCUGGCCAAGAUCUCGAUCGGCGACGAGUACGACGCGGACGAGGACGAGAGCUUUGUCGAUCCGGCCCAGAUCAACCUGGUCAAGCGCGUGAGCACCAAGGCGCCCUUUGUGGUCGAGUCGCCGGGUGCGGCCUUUCACGUCGCCCUGCUCGACUGUGGCGUCAAGGAGAACAUUCUGCGCAGUCUGGUCAGCCGCGGUGCUUCCGUCACCGUCUUCCCCUUCAACUACCCGAUUCACAAGGUGGCCGAGCACUUUGACGGCGUCUUCAUCUCCAACGGACCCGGCGACCCGACCCAUUGUCAGGAAACCAUCUACAACCUGCGCCGCCUGAUGAACGAGUCGUCUGUGCCGAUUAUGGGCAUCUGUCUGGGCCAUCAGCUGCUGGCUCUCGCUACUGGCGCCCGCACCAUCAAGCUCAAGUACGGCAACCGGGCACACAACAUUCCAUCGCUGGACUUGACUACCGGCCAAUGCCAUAUCACGAGCCAGAAUCACGGCUAUGCCGUCGACACGUCCACUCUGCCUAACGAGUUCAAGGAGUACUUUGUCAACCUCAACGACGGCAGCAACGAGGGCAUGAUCCACAAGACCCGCCCCAUCUUCUCCACGCAGUUCCACCCCGAGGCCAAGGGCGGCCCUAUGGACAGCGCCUUCCUCUUUGACAAGUACCUCGCCAACGUCAAGAUGUACAAGGACAGCGCCAAGGUCUACAAGGACAACCGCCCGUCCCAGCUGCUGCUGGACAUUAUGAGCCGCGAGCGCGUCGGCGUCGAGCCCGUGCCCCUAGUCCAGGCCGUCCAGAACUAA